CCUCUACAUGAAUCUGUACGAGGAGGUGGGGGAAGACGAGCCGUGGGCUGUGCAGAGAGUGGAAGGAUUGCCGAAAGCCUGCUUCGUCUUCAGCGCCAUCCGAAACGGGAGAAUUCACGUCAACGACCUGCUCCUGACCCUUCACACGCUGGGGAUCCUCGUGACCAGCACGGAGAUGCGGAAGGUGCUGAAGGCCAUCGACAUUGACGGUGAGCGGCCCCGCUCGUCUCGCUGGUUUUUCCCAGCCCCUCCCCCUGUGACCCGCUCUUCUCUGUUGCAGCAAACGGGAGCCUGACCUUCACCGAUUUCCUGGAAGCUUUGGAUGAGACCUCGCCCUUUGCCCAGACUGAGGGUGAGUGAGGGGGAAAGGAGGAGGAGACAGGGAGGCUAGAGAUAGAGCAGUGGGACAGAGCAGUGCAUUGCUUCUCUGUAAUUAUCCGUCCAUCCACCACAAUAA